AUGUUGGUCGGGGCACAGCCGGUCCCUCCGCAGCCAGUACUGACUGGGCACAGCCGGUCCCUCUCCAGCCAGCGCCACAGGCACAGCCGAUCCCUCCUCUGCCAGCGCCGUGGGCACAGCCAGUCCCUGCACAGCCAGCACUGCGGGCACAGCCGGUCCCUGCACAGCCAGCACUGCGGGCACAGCCAGUCCCUGCACAGCCAGUGCCGCGGGCACAUCCGAUCCCUCCUCUGCUGGCACCGCAGGCGCAGCCGGUCCCUCCUCUGCCAGCGCCGUGGGCACAGCCGGUCCCUCCUCUGCCGGCACCACGGGCGCAGCCGGUCCCUCUCCAGCCAGCGCCGCACAGGCUCUGCCAGCCUCUCCGUAUUGAGCCCCGCUGGCACAGCCGGCCCCUCCCCAGGGAGUCCCACAGGCACAGCCACCCCUCCAAUGGCCCAGGGCGUCAUUUAUGCAGACCUGAGGUUCGUGAAGGCCCCUCGGGGGAACAGCACAUGCUCCAGGUCCCAGGAGACAGCACCCGCGGACGAGGACGAUGCGGAGCUCACCUACGAGAACAUCCAGCUGGCCCAGACUGGGGAGGUGGAGCAGGGGCAAGGGGCAGAGCAGAACAAAGAGCCCGGGUGGAGCACGCGGUACCUGCCCCUCGGCCUGCUGGGGACCUGCCUCUUCCUCCUGGCCACCACCAUCGGCCUGGGGGUUCGCUACUGGCAGGUUUCCCAGCAUCUGCAGCAGGCGUCCCGAGCGCACGAGGCAGAGAGCAGCCGCCUCUCCCAGCAAGUCAGCACCAAGGGCGCGACCCUGGCGCAGAUGGCGAGGGAGCUGGAGCAGGCCAGGCGGGAGCUGGGGCAGGCCAGGGAGGAGCUGGAGCUGGUGAGGCAGGAGCUGGAGCAGGCUAGGGAAGAGCUGGGGCAGGCCAGGCGGGACCUGGAGCAGGCCGGGAAGGAGCUGGAGCUGGUGAGGCAGGAGCAGGGGCAGGCCAGGCAGGAGCUGGAGCAGAUGCGGCUGGAGAAAAGCAGCACCCAGCAGAAGCUGAGACAGCGGGAGGCUGAGUUAAAGGAAACGAAGGAGGAGUUGGUGAGGGUACAGGAGGAGAAGAGAGAAAUCAAAGAGAAGUUGAAGAAAAUGGAGAGCACCUUGUCCAGCAUCUGCCCCUGCAAGCAGACAGACUGCUGCCCGGCAGACUGGGUGUUGUACAGAGGAAAGUGCUUGUUCGUCUCGAAGGAGAAGACGAAUUGGGAAGAAAGCAGAAAAGAGUGUGAACAGAAAUCUGCUCAACUUCUCAUUGCCAAAUCCUGGGACACGGAGACAACGCCGAAUUUUCUGAAACAUACUGGUAUGCAGUAUUGGAUUGGACUCAGGAGAGACUGGUAUGCUAGAUCACAGUGGAAGUGGGUUGAUGGCUCUCCCUCUGAAAAAGAUUGGAGCGAUCAGAGUGACAACUAUAAGUUGUGUGGAACAAUAAGAGGUGGUGUCAUAAGCAGUGACAGAUGCUAUUCUUAUCAGAAGAAGCCAGGGAUCUGUGAGAAGGCAUCCAGCCAACCCAGCUCAGACAGGACGUGGGUUCCUUGGAGUCCCUGAAGAGAUAAUCAGUGAGAGCCCUACAGGACCCUCCUCUCCCGCUGCUCCAGGCUCAGCUCCUGCUCCCAGGGCCGAGGACGCAGCACCCGAGGGCCGGCCCCACCCCACUCAGCCUUGCCCCCUGCUCCGGCCUGGAGCCCAGCCCCCCCGGCAUGUGCCAGCUUGCCUGCUGGGCAGGGCUGGGGGCGUCAUGGCCAGGAAAAGAGCCGCCCGCCCUCAGCAGACAGCCAGCCCCCUUCCCGCACGUGGGGCUGGGUCCCAUGGGGGCGAGCGGCCCCGCUGAGCGUGGGCUCCCUGGCAGCUCCGCCCGCCCCGCUGCACUAAAUGCCCCAGUGGGGCGGGCUCCGGGGAGGGCGCAGGGAACUGCUCUCAGCCCCCCAGACCCUCCUGCAGCCCCAUGGCUGUGGGCGUUGCCCCAUGCAGGGCAAGCAGCCUGCCCCUUUCUAACGGUGUUGGGCUCCCAGGCGGGCCGGUCGCUGGUGCGGGGCGAUUUCUGCUGCCCACAGCCGGGCCUGGCGGGGAUCGGGCGCUGCCUGGCAGCUGGGAGCAGCAGAGCAAUGAGACAGGGCACCCACGGCCUGGGCCCAGGGCCUCCUGUGCACGGGGGGAUGAGAGCCACCCCCCCCCUCCGCACCCGGCGUUUGAUAGGUCAGCGGGUCAGGGCUCGGUGAGCACAACACGGCACCCCUGGUCCUGCCCCCGGGUGUCAGAGACAGAACAUGGCACCCCCAGUCCUGCCCCCAGACUUCAGAGACAGAGACAGAACACCUCCCCACCCCACCCCACCCCACCCCCUGGGCU